AUUCCCACCGAAACCACGGACUCGGGGCUUCCUGGCUUUUCUCAGCAGCUACACGGGCGUGAAACAGGCACCGCUUUUUGCGACCAGACGGUUAAAACCUCAAGCCGUCCGUUACGAUUUAAACCUCCGAGCCCGGCCUCGGAGCCACCCCUGUCCGCAGUCGCCUCCCCCCGCUGCUCCCAUUUUAGACACCGCCCGGCACCGAGACGCCCCGCAACAGGGCCGAGGCCUCGGGCUGCGCAGCGCCUCCCUCGGGCGCAGGCAGCGGCAGGGCCGGGGCCGGGGCCGGGGCCGGGGCGGAGCGAGGGCGGCUGCGCGGCGCUGCCGGGGGGGUGGGGAGAGGGCGGCCGCCAUGUCCAAGCACGUUUUCCUCACGGGACCCCCAGGGGUUGGAAAGACUACUUUGAUCCAGAAAGUCACUCAAGCUUUAAAAUCCACGGGGGUUCCCAUUGAUGGAUUUUACACAGAGGAAGUUCGAGAGGGUGGCAGGAGAACAGGAUUUGAUGUUGUCACUCUGUCUGGAAAACGAGGACCUUUAUCUAGAGUCAGUUCUGAUUCUUCUACUUCAAGACAUGCAUGUCGGGUCGGACAGUAUGUUGUAGAUGUUGUUUCCUUUGAGCAGUUGGUUCUUCCUUUGCUGAGAAAUGUAAAUCUUGGCUGUGAUGCAGAGAAAAAAAUAUGCGUCAUAGAUGAGAUUGGUAAAAUGGAACUCUUCAGCCAGUCUUUCAUUCAAGCUGUUGGUCAAACGCUGACUGGUUCAGGGACCGUAAUACUUGGAACUAUUCCAGUACCUAAGGGAAAGCCGCUGGAUCUUGUCGAAGAAAUAAGAAGUAGAAAAGAUGUUAAAGUGUUCAAUGUUAAUAAGGAAAAUAGAAACAGCAUUUUGCAAGACAUCUUGGCAGCUGUGGAAUCCUGCAGAAAAUGAAGAUCCUUCUCUUGCCAAUCAACACUAAGCUUUUAUUUUACCAAUUGUUACAGCAUUUUGCAGAUCUUUGAGUCUGUCCUUCCUGUGUAAGCCACUGGAGGGUUUAUUGGAGCCUCCAGGGCAAGCAAGGUAAAGCUGGUAAUACUUUAAAAUGUAAAAAUGAGAUAGUAGGAUUCUUGUUUAUUCAGUUCACAAGCCUAUCAAAAAAUUGAACAGACCUGUAGUUACCGUCAAAUUUUAAUCUGAAUAUUUGAAAGUUAACUGACUGACUCUGAUCCUAGUUAUACCAUGUGAAAGCAAUUAACUGUUAAACAUACUGGAGCUAUGUCUGAUAGAGAUCUUAAUCCUUCAGCAUGCGACAUGGACUGUUCUGUCUAGAGAGCAUUUUGAUGUGGGUGAAGUCCCACUGACUAAUGUGCAUUGAGUAACUGGAGCUUAGUCCUGCUCUGAUGGAACAGAACUGUACCUAAAAAGUGUGUGUGCUCUGCCUGGUUUAUGUCUCUGUUAACUUCGACUCAGUUUAAGUGUGUCAAAGAGUGUGUUUCAGCAUGGCUGCUGAUGGUUCAUGAGAUGGAAGGAACAACCUGAUUUCCCAGCAGCCCGACCCCAAUUGCAGUAUGAGAAGGGUUACCCCAAACUGCAAACAAACUUACUGUAAUCCCAAGUGGAAUUUACAAAAUUCUACUUAAGCAAGAAAAAUAACCAGCUUCACCCUCUUCUUAAGUAGCCCAGACCAUAAUUGAUAAAAAGGUUGUAUUUUUGUGUUUAUUUUGAAGUUUCUGAUGGCAGUCCUGUUCUCAUCCCCUUAAAAAACCAAACAAGCAAAAACCCACUUCCCCCAAAGUUUAAGGUCCAUGACACACAGUCAAAUCAUGACAUGUUUUUCAUGCAGAGUUUAAUAGGUCUGGAUAGACUUAAUUCUGCAUUUGUCUAUAUAGGUUUUGCAAUCCAUUAUGGUUUAUUGAUUCCUUUUUUUUUUUUUUUUGAGGUUUUUUUUCUCCUUAUUCAGGUCUGUGCAUGCUUCAUGGUUAAUGGUGAAAUGAGAAGUGUUUGAGAGUAUUAGACAAUGACUUUCCCUAGGAGGUUUGCAAAUGUGUUCAGGAAAAGUGCUACUGCUUAAUCAGUUUUGUAUGUUGUAAAAACAGAAUUCCCUCCCAGGUGCACACUUGUUCAUUGUAUGAUUUAUGGUUGUCUCUGGCUGUAAAAAGAUGUUAAGAAUUCAGUCUUUUCUGUUCUUUUUUUUUUCUGUUCAGUUCAACAACUGUUAAAAUGAGCACAGUAUUUAAAGGCAUUUUCAAACAUC